CGAUGAGUCAGCAGCUACUGACAACUUUGUGACAUCACCAUGGAGCGAAAACUGGACCUUUCUCGUCUGACGGACGAAGAAGCCAAGCAUGUGUGGGAGGUCAUCCAGCGAGACUUCAACCUGCGCAAGAAGGAGGAGGAGCGACUCGGCCCACAUGAGCCCCCAAGGGAGAGACACGAACACUCUCAGACAUGCUGGGACGAAGCAGAUAUGGCAAUACAAAACAAAUAAUCAUCCGCGCAUGAAUGGAGAGAAUGACGAGGUGGCGGUGGCAUGAACAUCAUUGUGUUGUGGCCGACAGGGAACUGAAGACAAAGAUUGAGAAAGAGGACAACAAGAGGGAGCUGCUGGGCAGCACCAGCAAACUGGUUGACUCCCUGUGCAUCCGCUGCCUGCAGCCAUUCAAGUUCCUGGUGAACAGCAAGCGGCAGUGUUUGGACUGUCAUAUGUUCACCUGCAAGUCAUGCAGCCGCUACAACAAGAAGGAGCACGGAUGGGUGUGUGACAACUGCCGCAUGACCAGGGUCCUCAAGAUCGGCACUGUAGGCUGGUACCACGACAAUGUUCGGAACAGGUUCAAACGCUUUGGCAGUGCCAAAGUGAUGAGAUCCCUGUACAAGAGGCUGAAUGGAGACGGUGGUCGUGAUGACGACACUCAGAGCAUGCCGGACGUCCGCAACCACAUGUACAAUGGCAUUGAGGAUGAGCAGCAGGAGCUUGAAGCUCAGCGCUACAAAUCGAUGAGAAAAAACAAACGUCUGCUGUCGGUACACCCUCUUGACUUUGACUCGGAGGAAUACCUGCCCUACUCCCGCCGUCCCUCCAUCCAACAGAUACAGGAGGACCGGGGAUAUCGCCAUGACGACUAUGAUAUGUACUAUCAACGCGGUAGCAGGAGGAAGAGCAUGGAUCGCUACGGGAUGCGAGCAGAUGAAUUCGACCCUCGAUUUUCUUCCCCGCGCUCGUUGUCAAAGAUCAGCUCAUCGGCAGCGCGUCAGUACGUGGACACGUCGGAUGAGGAGGACUACGCCAGAUACCCGCCCAUGUACACACUGCCCCAUAACCGCCGUCGCAACAGUCGACAGGAGAACCUUGGCCAAACGCCACCGAUUAAUGAGCUUAACAAGAGAAUGUCAGCGAUCGAGAGUUUGCUCAAUCGCCUGGAGGAGAAGAUGUCACCAGCUGAUGACGCUGCAGGUCCCAGUGAGGAGGAGAAGCUGCGCCGGAAGCUGAGUGAGCUGGCUGGAAACCUGAGCGACAAGAACCUAUCCUCGGACGAUGAGGGUGGCAGGAAGAUCUCCUCUUUGGGGGCAAGACUUGGAAAAGGCCUUGGCGGUCUAUCUCUUGAUGCUCAAAAUGACAAAGGACUAAGCUCUUCCAGCGACGAGAUGCCGACAGAGGCUCAAAAGAGAUCGACCGCCGGCGCCCUCUGUGACCUCACCACUGAGGUGCUCAGAACCAUUAACGCCACAGAAAACGCAAUGGUUCAGUUUGGGUUUACCCAGCCGUCCGACCGACCCGUUGUCAUAGCAACCGAUGUUAAGCAAGCUGACGAUGCGUUCAGGGAACUUGAAGAGAAUGUGUACAUGGCUGCGGGACAGUCUUAUGAACUGGAGAGCAAACUUCGGCGUCUGGAACAGAACGCCAAGAACCGAUUUGGUGGGACCCCAGACUCCGAGCUGUCGGAACUGGAGGAUGUGGUGGCUCUCACUGCUGCCAGGGUCCAAAGUGCUGAGAGCGAGGUGUCAGACAUUGAAAGUAGGAUCGCAGCUCUCAGUGGCAGCGGGACCAAGAAAAAGGCAUCUGGAUCUCAUCAGAAGAAAAAGUCUCCAGAUCUUUCGAAGGGAACAAACGGAGGCAUGUGGAAGUCCAACAACUGAAGCCCACGUGACACCACGUGCCAUUUGACUAGAAAAUAUGAUAAAAUACUACAAGAUAUUUGACCUUGGAAACGGUUAUUAGACAGAAGAAAAAGGAAGAGAUAUAAAUGUUUAAGAAAAACCUUGAUCCCAGAAACAAGCUUUGCUACAUUGCUAAUUAAGCUUAAAUAUUUCAAAUAUAUAUAACGAUAGGUUUGUAUGUAUUCACAGUUGAGUAACAUUCAUGCCAGUUUGUUAAGCGACAAAUAAUUGGGAAAAAAACUAAAAUAGUUGAAGUUGUUCAAUAGUAUAAUGAAAUUUCUGCAAUUCAAUUUAUGUAUUAUUUUAGACAUGUUUCCUUCAAUAAACAUACUUAAGGUACUUACCAAGUGUUUGUCAUCACAAUAGGAACAUCUACUUUGAUUCAUCUAAGAAUAAAAAUAUAUCAAUAAAAUUUCACCUAAACCAAUGAGUCAAGAACCCUUGGGAUCCGCUGCUUUCACCCAAAGACUGGCUUUGAUAGUUUUUCUGGGCA